AUGGACUGGCGCAGUGGCUGUGACCAUGGGCUCGGGGCUGGCAGCAAUGACGAAGACGGUGCCAGACGGGCCUUCUACACUAUGAGGACAUCGGCUGCCUCUCCUCCGAGGACCUUCGCGGUCGUUCAGUCCAGCAGCCGGGAGCGCACCUGUCUGACCUCGGUGCCCAGCCGGCUGCCCUCCGGGGGUGACACUACCCCCAGACCUUGGCUGCUGCGGGCCCCCGGGCAGGACAAGGCCAUCCUGCAACUGAAGCAGCAGAGGGACAAGCUGCGGCAGUACCAGAAGAGGAUCACCCAGCAGCUGGAGCGAGAGCGCGCCAUCGCCAGACAGCUCCUGCGGGACGGCAAGAAAGAGCGGGCCAGGCUGCUGCUCAAGAAGAAGCGGUACCGGGAGCAGCUGCUGGACAAGACGGAGAACCAGAUCACCAGCCUGGAGACCAUGGUGCAGAGCAUCGAGUUCACUCAGAUUGAGAUGAAGGUGAUGGAAGGGCUGCAGUUUGGGAACGACUGUCUACACAAGAUGCACCAGGUGAUGUCGCUGGAGGAGGUGGAGCGAAUCCUGGACGAGACGCAGGAUGCUGUGGAGUACCAGCGGCAAAUAGAUGAGUUGCUGGCGGGCAGCUUCACGCAGGAGGACGAAGACGCCAUCUUGGCAGAGCUGGAUGCCAUCACUCAGGAGCAGAUAGAGCUGCCAGAGGUCCCCACAGAGCCCCUGCCGGACAAAAAUCCAGAAAAAGCCCCCGUCAAGACAAAGCCCAGGCCGGCAGAGCUGGUGGCAGCGUCGUAACUGCCCUGGCCACACCCUCAGGAGGCCCCAGGGACCGUGGCUGUCCAGACCUGGUGCGUGGCAUGCCCCCGGCCCAGCUCCAGGCGGCAAGUGGGCAGAGCUGCCCUUGGCCUGUGGACAGAGAUGCCCUGACUGGCACCCUCCCUCGGCAUGAGCUCCGAGCACACACAGGCUGGGCCACUGCUCCUCAUGUCCGGGUUCAAUGGCCACAUUCAAGCCCUUGGCCUCCUCGGCCAGGACGACCCCUGCUGGUCCUGUUAGCUGGUGGGGGCUCCAGUGGGGGUGCCUCCCAUGGCCACACUUCCGGACCUGCUGCCAGUCCCCAAGCACAUGAGGAGGGGGACUCAGGACACCAGCACCCACCAGAUUCCACGUACCUGUCUGGGCAGCCCCCCCAGGCCCCUCGGGUGGUGGACCAGGAAGACACCUGCCUCAUCACCUGCAAGAAGGGCCUGGUCUUGGAGGAGGACAUCAGAGUGGCCCAGUGGGAGCACAGCUCUGUCCCAGCAAGCAUGGCCUGGCUAGGGCCGUCAGCUGUGGGGCCCCCGGGCUGGACUCCCCACACCCUCCACC